AUGAGGUUCAAGAAGCUCUUCGUCCACCAGGGACAGGCAUACCUGACCUUUGAUGGCAAGCCAGAGGAUGAUGCUGCGAGUGAAGACAGCAUCGAUGAGGAGAUUUGUCCACCGGAGUCCUUGGUGAAGGAGGUGCAGGAGCGUCUUCAGCUGCCUUCUUUGGUCCUUGCCUCGUAUUUCGACCUUUGA